CAUGUUUCAGUUGUGUGUUAGGCGCGAAGGAAAGCGGUAGGCCCGCGAUGCCAAUUAGAUUCAAACCGCUAGCAGAAAUGCUAUCGCGAAGGCACAACUUCCGAAUAACUAACCAAAAAUUGAUCAGUUAAAAUAAAAAGAUGAAUUAAAAUAUAAUUUGGAUUACAGCGAUUUUUAUUUAGUUUCUUUUAAGCUAAGUUUACGAAGGUCGCGUCCUUCAAUCGAUAAACUAUUAAUUGCUACAGCGUGUGAUUGCCCGUGGCCGUUAGACAACAGCGCUGGACGCGUGUUUUCUAUAUAUUUUUUACUAUAAGUGCCAAUUAAAAUUUAGUAAUUAAGUACGUGGGUGUCGAAAAUUUGCCGCCGAAGAGAUUUGCUUAAUUCGUAUCUUCAUGGAAUAUGGGCAUCUGUUUAGACACUGAACAAAACAAUGAAGAGUUGGAGUCCACUGGCGGAGACCGAAGCCGCCGCGACAGUGCUUGGGUGGGCCGCGCCACGCCGCCUACCGCCUCCUUUCCUAUGCAAAACUCCAGUCACGUCAAAUUCGAGCCGCCGAGUGUGCCAGUUGUAUUUGUCCUGGGCGGCCCAGGCAGCGGCAAGGUGACACAUUGCGACAACCUGAUGCAGGAGCGUCGUGGGGUCGUCCACAUCAAUAUGACGGACCUGCUGCAGCAAUACGCCAUCGGCAACGGUACAUCGCUUACAAAAGACGACAUGCAAGACUUCGGCACGUUAUCCAGUAAAACCGUGACUGAAGUACUGAUGCUGGAGAUGAAAAUGGCGCCAACAGCCAAGACAUACCUCGUCUCCGGGUACCCCCGGUCUAUGAGGGAUGUGGCCGAGUAUUCUGACAAGAUCCAGACCAUAUCAGGCGUGGUCCUCGUCAGCUGGCGGCAGCGGGUGCUGGAGAGGCAGAUAGAGUACGGCGCUCGGCUCGGCCACGUCGUCCUGAGUUUAGCGCGGAUGGAGCUCAACAACUUCUACAGAAAUGUCAUGCCUGUGGCUGAUUACUUCGAUCAGACCAACAUGCUGGUGGCUGUGAACGGAGAACGGAAUCCAGAGGAAGUGUACAAAGACUUCAGGGCGGCAGUUCUUCAGAUCCUGGGUAACAUGGAAGACCAGGCCACUGUGAACGGAGUGAGCGGAGUUGGCGUCGGCGCUGGUGGUAUACCAGGAGAGAUCGUGGGAGUGGAGCCCGCGCCAGUGCCAGAAAGAGAAAGAGAGAGAGAUGAGCCAACAGCAUUGCCGAUAGCGAACCCAGUGGUCGUGCCUCCAGUCCACGACACCAUGGAAAGAAUGGUCACCCCUAAGCCUGAAGUGAUUCGUGUGCGGGGAGCGGUGACCAAACCGAUCGUGGUGUGGGUGGUGGGGGGACCGGGGAGCAACAAAGCCACCUUGUGCCAAAGGGCUGUCGCUCAGAAACAGGGAUGGACGCAUUUCAGUCUCGGUCAACGUCUCCGGAUGCUAGCGGACGCCAGCGGCGGCCCGGCAUCAGACGGGGCUCUCGCUCGCUCCGCGGUCUCUGGAGGGGAACUGGCUCCCAGUGAGCUGGUGACCAGACUGGUGAAGACUGCCGUCCAAGAUGCCGCCAGGAGCGGGCAUGGACUGGUGCUUGAUGGCUACCCCAGGGACUUGGAGCAGAUGGGGCAGUUUCAUAAAGAUUUCCGUGUCCAGCCCCGUAUGGUGCUCCUGGACUGCUCGAAGCUGCAACUCGGCCGUGGGCGACGUGACGACUCCGUGGCCGCCUUCCGCCGGCGGCUGGAGGUGUUCCGCGAGCUCAGCCUGCCGAUGCUGAAGUCUCUGGACCAGCAGCACCGGCUCGUCAUUGUGGACGGCGACACAGAUUCGCAAGACGUGCAGGCAGAGUUCGCCCGCGUGCUCACAGAAGAGCUGGAGAAGGCAGAUGCUCUGGCGCAGAUCCCGCAGGAACCUGACACGGUGACCACCCAACCUACGGAUAUGGGCGUGAUGCAACAGUUUGCCCACGCGAUGUCCCGAAUGGGGGGUGGGAUGGGUAAUGGGUUCGCAAACGGGGCGGUGCGCAACGGCACUGUGCCCAACGGCGUGCCCAACGGUGGGCUAGCCAAUGGGUUCCCGGGAAUAGCCAAUAAUAAGGUGAAGCCAAUAAUGAACAUGUCAAAAAUCCCUACUGUGUCCCAGAUGAUCCACGACGAGGUACGAAGGCUAUACGAGCAAAGUAGUGGGGAUAUAACUAUGAACACGCACAUAUAGACUUUAUUAUCAUAGUCAUAAUGCUUAGAUUAGUGUGAGUGAGCGAAUACGUCGUAGGUAAUUAGUGGUAAGUUUUUUUUUUCUUUAGUUAUUUUAAUCCUGCUAUACAUAAAAAUAAAUGUAUCUUAUAUUUAUUCACGUUAGAGUUUAUUAUAUGGAGGAUAUUACGUGACAAGUCAAAAAUAAAAUAUAUUUAUGUAAUACACAUUUUUAGUUAAACUACAAUGUAUUUUUGGGACCUUGUCUAUGGUUUGCCUGUGCAGUAAACGAUUAAUCAAUUUUGCUAUUGCGCAGGCAAAUAGAAAUACACGGGUCCUAUCUCUCAUUGCUCACAUUGUACCACUAUGUAAAGCGAAACUAUACUAUUCAUCCUAUCUCUGUUUAGUGAUAUUAGAGAUUGUAAACGUGGCUCAGAAAUCCUUUUGAAAAUUCGAUCCAAGCUUUAUCUAAAAAGAGACACCCAAAAAAAUUAUACCUGAUAAUUCAAAAUUGUCCAAAUAAGUAUUUAAUGUAGAAAUUCGUUUUAGGUGUAAGAAAACUGGGAAUAAAUUUAAUUUUAAAAAAAUACGUCUUGUAAAUCAAUUCACAUUAAAUAUAUAACUGAUGAUAUUGUACAAGUCUGAGUACCUACAGAUAUAUAAUGGCGGUUCCAAACUAUCGCCGAACUCAACACGAUGCCGACGCGAAUUCAUGAACAUUGCUUUGUUGCCAGAAAUAAAUUUAUUAUUGUCUAGUUUGUAUGAGAACUUUUGUUUACCUCAAUGAAAAACCAGCAAUGUAUAUCUGUAAAGUUCAGCAAAGUGCACCGCGAUUAUGUGUAGCCAGCAUAAUAUUUACGAUAGCAGUAAACAAGCUUACUUACCGUGUUUACGUCUUAUAUUAAAAAAUUGUCUGCUGUCUCCUCUUAUGUACAAUAAUAAAAAAUACUUGCUAAAUUAUAAUUUUUUUUUCAAUUUUCAAUGAACAAUCUUCGAAAUAUAGAUGUAAAACGUCUUUUAUCUAAAGGGAGUAUUCCAAUUAAGUGAUUCUUUGUUAAAUAUUAUUGCUACUUCAAUAGUAACGUUACAUAAAAUUAAAAAUAUAGAAAUAUUAUAUUGAAAUUGUUCAAUAUAAUAUAUCUAUAUUUUUAAUAAACUUAGUCUAGUGCGUGUAUUAUAAUUGUAUAAUACACGCACUAGACUAAGUUUAUUAAUAUAACUACAACAUACACGCACUAGACAAGUUUAUUAGUUAACAAAUGCUAACUUUUAAUACAUUUGCAGAAAAUGCAUACGAAAAUCAAUCUUAAUUUUUCAAACUACCUACAUUUUUUUCACUACAGAGCAAACAGAAAAAAAAAAACAAAAUUAUUCAAGAGAAAAACUGAAAGCGUAAUUUUUAAUAAAUAGAAAAAUAUAAACGUAGAAAAUUGUUUUAUAAAAUGAUAAUACAUUUAAGAAAGUGUAAUAUCUAGUUGUAAUAUUUAGAUAUAAAAGUAAUCGGUUAUUUAAACUAAAUAUUAAUAUUAGCGUAAUAAAUGUAAGAGGACCAUUUUAGUAAAUAGUUUAAUAGCAGAUAAAUUAGCAAGUAUACUAAGUAUUUAUUAUAUAAAUUUCACGCACACUUACCUUAUUAAAUAAGUGCCUUAGAUUAAAAUAUUUUUUAGAUUUGUUUAUAUCGAAUAACGAAUUUCGAAGUAAAAAAAUUCAUUAUAAGUAACGUCGGUAAUUAAAAUAAAAUUAUUGAUUGAUUGAUGAUUACAAUAUUCUGUUUUGUUUCAGUAUUUUGGUGAUUUCUUGAAAAUCGUUAUUUUAAAAUUUUAAUAUAUCUUAGUCACAAUCUAGAAAACGAAUGGAUUUUGCCCCGUAAUAUGUAUAUAUUAUUAAGUAAAUCACAUAAUUAUUUUAUUUCGAGGCUCCUUUCUUUAAAAUGCGGUUUUUUUUUUAUCGAAUUAAUUUUAUAGCUUCUUCUUCUCCUGCGCUUUGAAUAUGUCGAUAUCUCAAUAACUGCUGCAUCGAUUUACCCUAUUGUUCAUAAAAAGUUAAAAUGUACUUUAAGCACGUUUUGUUCUAAUAUUGUAAGGUGCGUAUAUAUAUAUAUAU